UGCACCAAAAAUUAAGACACAGUUUUCAAUUGAGAACACAAAGAAAUGAUGAUGAACCAAAAUCAAGCAAUGAUGAGGAAAACAAGAACGUUCCAAUUGCAAAAAGCACCAUCCAAUAUACAAGAGCAUCAAUUCAUGAUGACAUCCCCUAAUGUUAUUGACCAAUAUUCCAAUUUUACCCCCAAGAAAGCAUCACCACCGCCGCCGCCGCCGGUGAAAUUUCCAACAUCACCGGAACAAAUAUUUGGACAAGAAAUAAUACACUUCAGCCAUCCACAACACAGCUUGUCAAUGGUGGAGAUGGGGGAGGUGUUUGUGUGUGUGGGAUGUAAGGAAUAUGGAUGUGGAAAGAGAUUUGUAUGCCAAGAAUGUGAGUUUCAGCUUCAUGAUUUUUGUGCUUUUGCUCCUCCUGCUCUCAAGGCACAUCCCUUGCAUUCUCAGCACUCCAUCUUGUUCCAUUCCAAACCAGCUAAAAGUGGAAAAUCCAAAUGUGAUGUUUGUGGGAAACCAACCAAAGGCUUUGCAUUCAUAUGCACUGCAUGUGGCUAUCAAAUGCAUCCAUGCUGUGCCAUGCUCAACACUGAAAUUGACUACCCACCUCAUCCACACACCCUUAAGAUCCUCCCGGCCGCCGCGACCGCCUCGGCCGCAGACUCCACCGGCUUCAUAUGUGGGGAGUGCAAGAGGAAGAGGUCAGGUAGGGUGUAUAAGUGCACUUCUCCUCAAUGUGAGUACUAUAUCCAUGCUUGGUGUGCUAAGAGCAAGGUUAAUGGGCUCAAGGCCCAUGGUAUAAAGCCCCCAGAAAAGCCCAGCAUGAUUGCUACUGCUGCAAAAGUUGCUUCACAAGUUGUUAUUGAAUUCAUUGGUGGAUUGGUUGAAGGCAUUGGAGAAGGUGUUGGAGAAGUUCUUGUUCAAAACAUUACCAAAGGAAGUGCCAAUGAUCUUUCUCACACUUCCAAUACUAGUAAUACUACUAACACAAGAACUAGGCCUCACUAAUUAAUAAUUAUUAUAUUUGGGUAAAUUAUUUUCAUUUUCCUUAAAAUUGGUCAUAUAUAUUACACCCCACAUUUUCUAAAUACUAAGAUUAUAUAUAUAUGGCACUUGAUUAAUUAGUGUUUUAAUUACCUUUUUUUAUUAAAAUUUGGGAUUAAGAAGAUUGUGAUCAAUAGAUAAAUAUUUGACAAAUUAAAGAUUGUGAUCAUAAAUAAUUAAUAUCACCUAGUUUUUUGGAAAAAUGUCAAUAUGAUUUACCCUAUAUAAUAUUAUAUAUUAUUGUUGUAUGGUGAAUUAGUGUUAGUGGUAAUAUGCUUAAGAUGGCUCCAUUGAAUUAAUUAUCACAAAUUGUUCCAUUAUUGUAUUGGGAAUGAUAAGGAAUUGUAUAUCAUUGAUUUGUGCAAGUAUUUAUACCUUUGCUUUUCUUCUCUUAUGUAUAUUUUAUAUGGGUUGGGGAAGGGAUCUAAAAAAGGUGGCAAGUAAUUGUUCUCCAUUGUGUAAUUUUUGUUUUACUAUUAUUUUUAUUAUUAUGCUGAAGUGUUUGUUAUUAUUAUAUUAUUGUAC